AUGCCGGACGGCUGCGGCCUGCUGGACUGCCUCCGCCGCGGCGAGCGCGACAAGCAUGACACCGGCCGGACGGACUCCCGCGUCUCGGACGAGCCGAGCGGCGCCGGUGGCGCGUCGGCGGACGGCAAGAGCGGGCGGGUGAGGCGGCUCGAAUGGGCCGAGGUCGAGUCGGUCACCGGCGGCUUCUCCUCCCGCGUGAUCGGCCAGGGCGGCUUCAGCACGGUCUACCUCGCGUCGCUCUCCUCCUCCCGCCUCGGCGCCGUCAAGGUGCAGCGCAGCAGCGAGCGCCUCCUCCGCGUCUUCCGCCAGGAGCUCGACGUGCUCGUGUCCGUGCGCCACCCACACAUCGUCCGCCUGCUCGGGUACUGCGACGAACGAGAGGAAGGCGUCCUGGUGUUCGAGUACGCCGCGAACGGCGACCUGCACGAGCGGCUCCACCGGGAACGGGAAGGCGGCCCGAAGCGGGCGCCGCUCCCGUGGGCGCGGCGCAUGGCCAUCGCGUUCCAGGUGGCGAUGGCGCUCGAGUACCUCCACGAGAGCAGGGACCCGGCGGUCAUCCACGGCGACAUCAAGGCCUCCAACGUGCUCCUCGACGGCACCCUCGACGCCAAGCUCUGCGACUUCGGCUUCGCCCACGUCGGCUUCUCCGCCGCGGUCCAUCCGGUCGCCGCCACCACGGCGGCCAGGGCCUCGGCGCGCCACGUCAUGGGCUCCCCGGGCUACCUGGACCCGCACCUCCUCCGCUCCGGCGUGCCCACCAAGAAGAGCGACGUGUACAGCUUCGGGGUGCUCAUGCUGGAGCUCGUCACCGGGCGGGAGGCCAUGUGCGCGGAGACGGGACACCGGCUUACCGCCACCGUCGGUCCCACGGUCAGCGAGGGCAAAGUGGCCGACGUGGUGGACCGGAGGCUGGGGGAUGCGUACGACAGGGAGGAGGCCGCCACCGUGGGGGCGCUCGCGCUGCGGUGCACCAAUGCCAGCCCGGGGCUCCGGCCAUCCAUGGCGGACGUGGUGCGCUUGCUCCAGGAGAAGACGUCGGCGUUGAUCGCGGCAGUUGGACCCAAGCCGGUCCGCAAGACGGUUUCCUGAGUCCUAGUACGUCAUCGGUGUAAAUGCUUAGGUAGUGCAGACAACUUUUUUGUCAGUUUCUUAUUGUAGUGGAUCAACUAGUACCAGUAGUUAAACUUGAUCGUACCGUACAAAUGUUGUGAUGUCAUGUGGAUGUGGUUGCAGUC